UGGUGCUCUUCUCCUGCCUCGGUGAUCGGUGGCCGCGUGGGGUUUGGGUUCGUCUUCCAAAGAAGGUAGAAAUGAGAGAUGUGGCAGCUGCAGGCCGCCGUCCUCCUCCUGGAAGCGCUUUGCUGAGAGCGGCGUGCAGGCUGUGGGUUGGUGUGGUUCCUUUUUUUUUUUUUUCUUUUUUUUUUUUUCCCCCCUUAGAUACGUAUUUAUAUGAGAAUGUUUGGCUACUGCUUGUUUUCCAGCUCGGUGUAUCUGUUUGCUCAACGCGGAGUUGCAGCUCUUUAUCUAAGAGCUUUGAAAAGCGCAGCUCGUUACUGCAGAUGCUGAUUGCAGAGGUGAAACCACGGCAGGUCGGGCAGUCCCUGUGGUCAGAGACCUGCUGGACAGACGAGGCCCGCUCUUCCUUCCUCCUGCUCUCACUUCUCUCAUCUUUACUCUCCCCAGAGCCCUGUGCUGUACUUCUGAUCACAGUACAUUUGAGUUUUCUGCCUUGCCUGCAGCUCUGCUCAGCUCUGCCGUGGGUUCUGUGCGUGCUCCUGUCUCUCAUUCACCAGCUGGUGGAUUCUUGGAUAAGUUGAGCCAAAUAUUUUUGGGUAUAAUGUCUGCAUGGGGUCUCGUCUCCCUUUGGCAGAGGGGCAGGGUUGGAAAUUGAAGCUCUCCUAUCUCAAAGUCAACUUGCCUUCACGUGAAGGGUAGCUUAGUGUCCUCUCCUUCCUCCUGCCUGUUCUUUGUGAAUUUGAAGGGAAAUCUGGUCUUGGGACCUUGCAGCUGCUGCAAUUCACAGGUACUCAGGUAAGGUAUGUGUGACAUAGGCAACAUAAAGAUCAGAAGUGCAGCAGGACUGGAGGAGAGAAUUAUCUGUUCAUGUAACUAAUUCCAGCCAGGAGAGUGUUGUUAGCUUUUGUUAAACAAGCUCAAAGGCAAUGUAUAAAUUCUCCCUAAUUCUACAAAUUUUUUAAUGUGCUCUUAGUUCUAAUGUCUUUUGGAAAGGUUUAAUUUAUGGCUUCUCUCAGCUGUUUCUGGUGUCUGCUUCCAUGAAGAACAGCAGAGAAGCAAGAGGUCUCUGUGAUUAGAUUAAAUAUCUGGGUCAUUUACCAUUACCUGUGUUUAUUCUCUGGUAAGCUUUGAUACUGGAAGAAGACAGAGAUAAAAAAGAACAUGUGCAGAAAGAGAUAACUAUGGCUGGAGCUGCCCCAGGCAGAGGCCUCUUUCUAAAUGGAUUUAUGGAUGAACUUUUCCUAUCAGUUUUGUGUCCUGUUCGAGGAGAUAUCAGCUGUGUGCAAACAAGGUUGUUUUUUUUUUUUUAAUCCUCUCUCAAUUGGUGGAUAUUCUUGAGAUUCAAAAGCCUAAAUGGAGUGAGUCAUCUUUCUUUCACAAAGCAGUCUUCAAGUAAUGUGAGUGUUGACGCUUGGCUUGGUGAGUUAACCCAGUUCUUUAAACUUUGUAAACCCAACGAUCCUUAUUGGUGACUCCUGGUUCUCUGUAGGUCCUCUUGCGGAUUUCCUUCACCUAGUCAUUAUGUAUCAAAUUUGGCUAAUUCCUUUUCCUAUAUUCAGUUUGUAAAGCAUUCUCCCAAAACUUAACAUUGGCACAAUUAGAUGCCAAAUUAUUUCUGCAAAACCUGACUUUCUGGUGUACAGUUUGUCUGCAGUGAAGAUGCUGGAGAUUCUCAGGAUGCUGCAGCUCAGUCAGCAUCUAGAAGGAGAUCCAGGAGCUUUGCAGGGCACAGGAUGAGCUAGCAGAGAUCUCGCUGUCUGCAGGUGUCAGGCAGAAAGCAAGGAGCAGCCAGCACUCCUCUGCCUGGCAUGCAGAACAAAACAGAGCUUCUAACCUGAAUCCAGGUGAUUUGCAAGACAGCCAGAUUCCAUGCAGCCUGCUGAGGAUGGCAUAUUGCAUUUUAGCAGCCACAGAAAUCAGAACUGUUUUUCUGCAGCUCUGAAACUGUCAGUGAGUGGUACACAGGCUGAAGCCAAGAACCUUUCACAACUCAGUGGCCUGCAUCUUUAUCUUUAUAAAACAGUUCAUUAUCUUAUAUCAUUAUAAAACAGUUUCUGCUUUUUUUUCCUCUGGAAUUGACAGUCUACUUUUUUCAUACUCAGCAAAUUUUCUGGGAAUAUCCCCCUCUGUGCUGUUUUUACUGUUCUUAUUAACUUUCACCAUUUCUGCACCAAGUCACCUAUGAAGUGGAGGAGCAGGUUAGACAGCCAAGGCACCAACGUCUGUACGCUUCAGAUAAGAAAAUGAAGGCAAAUCAGAAAAGCAGGAUAAGAAAUUCUUUCUGUGCCUGUGUCUUGUUCAGUGAUACUGCAUUUCAACGUGCUUCAGAUCAAAGCAUUGUUAAAAUUCUGCUGGAUUUAGGCCUGACCUCCAGAACUUGAUGAGCACGACAGAGCGCUUAGUGUGGCUUUGGCUUCAUGUCUUUAAACUUGCAGGAUUUUGCUUUUGUUCGUCGUCCUGAAGUGUUGUUAUGAACCAACCUCUGGAAUUCACCUUCUCACCUCUGGUCAAAAGUUAACCAUGGCUGGUUACUCUUCCAUGCUUGCUGUGUCCUUUGGCAGUAGAAGCUCUUCCUCCUUAUUGUUCUGCAUACUUUUUCUAGAACUGACCUGAUUACUUGAUUCCUCUAUUACUUGCUUUCCUAACCAAGGUCACUUUUCUCCGUUUCCCUGAGGAUUACAGCUCUGUCCAGCAAGGGGGAAUUCAGCUUGGGGAAGACCGGAGAAAGGACAAGUCUUGCUGCAGAUGAGGUUUUACCAGUGUUUUGUCAAGGGCUUCAAACACCCAGCUGUCUCUUCUGGAAGUGCUUUGCCUGGUCAAUCUCAGGAUUUAUCUGUUUCUCCUCAGGGCAAUUUUCUGCUGGAGUUAAUGUUGAUCACAAAAUAAGAUGUCCUUGUUUCUCCUCCUAUUUCCAACUGAUGUUCUGUGAUUGGAUUAGCUUAUUUGUUUUAGAAAUUCAUCACCUGCUCUAAUGCUGAAUUCCCUGCUGUUUCCAUUGUACUCAGUUUUAGGGGUUUUUAGGAGUUUUCACUUGCUGUCUUCAUCGUCUUUGGUAGCGGUGUUGUCUACGAAAGUGUUCACUGUAGCUGACCUACGCAAGGGUACAGCACCUGUUGCAUGGAGUUGGCUGCAUGCUCCACAUGUUUUUACCCAGAACAGCAGUACAGCUGACUCACUUUGUUCUCCUCCUUCUCCUGGCUGUUCAGGAUGUGGUGCCGGAGGCUGGCGUGCCUGCUCAGCGUGCCUUGCCAACACACCAGACGUCACUUGCUGGGGCUGUCCUGCAGCAGGAGGACCUUCACUGCUGCUGUGGCUCGCUGGCAUCACACAGCCCCAGAGUCCCUCAGCUGUGCCUGGCAGUUACACGGUGAUCAUUUAGAGCUCAGGUAUGCAAACACCUUGAUGCGCUUUGAUUUCGUCUGGCUGCGGGACCACUGCCGCUCAGCUUCCUGCUACAACGCCAAGACAAACCAGCGCAGCUUGGACACGGCCAGUGUGGACCUCAGCAUCAAGCCCAAGGCUGUCCGAGUGGAUGAGACCACGCUUUUCCUCACGUGGCCGGAUGGACAUGUUACGCGGUAUGGGCUGCAGUGGCUGGUGAAGAACAGCUACGAGGGGCAGAAGCAGCAGGUCAUGCACCCACGGAUCCUCUGGAAUGCAGAAAUCUACCGCCAAGCCCAGGUCCCCUCUGUUGACUGCCGGAGUUUCCUGGAGACGGACGAGGGGCUGAAGGAGUUCCUGCAAAACUUCCUUCUGUAUGGGAUUGCUUUUGUUGAGAAUGUCACUCCCACCAAAGAGGACACACAAAUCUUAGCAGAAAGGAUCAGUUUAAUCAGGGAGACCAUCUAUGGCAGAAUGUGGUACUUCACCUCUGAUUUCUCCCGGGGCGACACUGCCUACACAAAACUGGCUCUGGAUCGGCACACUGACACAACCUACUUCCAGGAGCCCUGUGGCAUCCAAGUGUUUCACUGCCUCAAGCAUGAGGGGACAGGAGGGCGUACACUGCUGGUGGAUGGCUUCUAUGCAGCGGAGCAGGUUCUCCGGCAAGCACCUGAUCAGUUUGAGCUGCUAAGUAAGGUGCCACUGAAGCAUGAGUACAUUGAGAAUGUGGGAGAUUGUCACAACCACAUGAUCGGAGUUGGGCCAGUCCUCAACGUCUAUCCCUGGAACAAUGAGCUUUACCUGAUCAGAUACAAUAACUAUGACCGUGCAGUCAUCAACACUGUGCCUUAUGAUGUUGUGAAUCGUUGGUACACUGCUCACCGCACACUCACCACUGAGCUCAGGAGACCAGAGAAUGAACUGUGGGUCAAACUGAAGCCAGGCAAGGCACUGUUCAUCGAUAACUGGCGUGUGCUGCAUGGGCGGGAAGCCUUCACGGGGUACCGCCAGCUGUGCGGCUGCUACCUGACGAGAGAUGAUGUGCUCAACACCGCUCGCCUGCUGGGGCUGCAAGCUUAGCCUGCUCAUCUGCUGUGCGGAGGCAGACAGAGCUCCGUGCUGGUGCGUCACCACAACCACGUUGCACAUACCUCAGACACCUCCGCCCUCUCUGAGCAGUUCUCUCUCUGCCCGUGUGGGAGAGGGAGCAGGUGGAAGCCAAAGGUUAUGGGAGCUUUAUGGGACUGUGUUCUGCCUUCCUCUGAGCUUGGUCAGCUCUCGCUGUCUCUGCACUCAGCCUGGCCUUCUCAGCUGGCCGCUUUGUCUCGGCUCCAGUGAACUGGGGCUAAUCACACUAUGAGAAGUGCUCCUCCAAUCAAGUGCCUUCAGAAUCUGAAAUCUGUUUCUGCCUGUUGUUUGGUCUCUUAUGUCAGUUACCACAUUUGUUUUUUUUGGCGUAACAGAGCAGAAUGGAUAUAUCUGGGAUCUUGUUUUACCUCAGGCCAGCUGCCUUCUAGAGAAAAAGGAAGUCACUGUUGAAGGUGCCACUACUUAAACUGAGGGCUGUUGGCAUGUAUCUGUGACUUCUUUCCUGUUAAACAAGCUGUGUACCCCUAUCUGACAGGCUCUGCUACAAGCAGUGCUGCUUGAGAGUUGGCCUGGAAAGUCAAGCUCAUAUAGCUAAGGUACCUCUAAAGGUUUAGGUAGACAGAAAAGGGAAAGUAGUGAGAUCUGCACAUUGGAAAGGAGAGGUGGCUUUGGAUGAGGAGUGUGCUUCUCCCAUUUCCUUCAGUAAUGUAAUGUUGAACUAGUGGUCUGUCUGCCUGUUACGCUGUACUUCAGUUGAGGGUGAAGGCUCAUCAGCUACAGUGUUUGACACGUUUCCCACUCUGCCUGCUCUUCUGGCUUUCUUGAAGAAGGAAUUUUUGUUAGAGCAUCUUUACACUGGCUGCUGGAUGAGGCUGGCUAUUUUUUCCACCAGAUUUUCCUGCAUAUGAAGGUAAUGAACACAGAGAUAUCUUUCAACUCCUGGUAGCAGGAAGGUAAAUUUGUAGAGUGGCACUGAACAACCACAGUGGAAAUCUCUUUUUAGGUUAUAUUUUUAAUUCUUCCGUAUUUUUGGGGGAGGUAUUUGCUCUGGUCUGACUGGACCCUAAAACAUGGUCCUGUUCACUUCUGGUUUUCAUGUAUGAGGAAGAUGCUGUUAUGCCUAAGGUAUAAAUGGGGUGCAGAUGCCGAACUUGCUGCCUUCGUUUAAUCUAAAUAUUGAAUGUAUACAUCUUGGUGUUAGGAAGCACUCUUAAAAGCUUCUGUUCCUCUGGACUUAUGCUGUCAUUUGCAGUGAGACACUACUCCAUCAGGAGUUGAAAGGGUUUCAGAGUGAAGGCUGAUGUGAAGCUGUGUAUUGGAGGAUACGUAAAGAAGUGAAACAUGAGCAAUGGCAGCAGGCUUGAAGGUGAGCUGGCUUCUGUCAAGUGUGUCUUCCAAGGCUUGUGAACAGCCUCAGACAUGGGCAGGCACUUGAGGUUUCCUAUAGGCUAAGCCAGUGGGUUCCUCAAGCAGCCUGCAUCAUGCAUUGCUUCUGUUAUUUCUUUUCCAAAUAUUUGGGUUAAAGGUUCUCCAGCAUAACUUAGGUGUGAAGCUUUGCAGAUCUUCAUUAACCACACGGAAGUAGCAAGCCCCUGUGGUUACACCUGCUUCUCACACAACCCACGUGCUCCAGGGUUGCUCCACUUUGUACUUCUGGGUGAAGCUACUACCUGGAACAUGCUGGGGAGAGGUCAUGACAAAAUCAUCUCUGUGUUAAUUGACCCUGGGAGGGGGACAGAGGAACCUGAUCAGUGAUUCAGAACAUGUUAGAGAUUUCUGAGCUCUUCUUGUCUCCUUGUGCUCAUAGGAUCAGAGUAAAAGCACUUGGGUUAAUGUGGGACUCAUUGCUUAGUUGAUGAAAUGAGCUUUACUUCCCAGUUUUAUCAGCUGCAAGCCAAAAAUCUGCCAGUACUCUGAGCUGGAGAGUGCAGGUCUAUGGCUAGCACAAGGGAGAACUGACUCAAAAUAUAUUGACAACUGUAGUGAUACAGGUGCCUUUCUGAUGAAGAAUGUGGUGAUCGUAGCUCUGUCUCCCACUGAGCAGUGUGGAGCUGCCAAGAGCUGUGGUCUUCAGCCACCAGCCUCCUUUUUGAGCCAUCUCCAAGCCAGCACACUCCUUGAGGUGAUCAUGUACUGUGUUUUGGGGGGACAUUUUUCACCAUGAAUGUAGCAGAAACACAUUUCUUCAUAGGUGUUGUUCAAUUCAGUUUAGCCAUUUCAUAAGAAAAUGGGGAGGGAGCUUUGUUUAAUCUCGUGCUCCACCUCUUCCUCGCUUCCUGAGUGGACUGUUAUUCCUAAGCAUCUUGUGAUCAUCAAGGCUUUAUUUGUAGAAACAGGGCUUCUUGGCAACUGCAGUCUGUCUGAUAUGGACAUCUGUUGCGUCGUGUUAUGGAACAGGUGGUUUGCUCUAAUGGUAUCAGAUCAAUUUUUGUAAUUAAGCUUUACCAGUUCUUUCAGGCAAUAAAUGGUGAACUGCUUCUUUCUCCCUCCCACCACACAAGGGCUCCACUGUAUGUGUUUUUGAAACAUUUCCCAAAAGUAAAAAAUGAAGUGAUGACGUACUAAAUGAAUUAUAAAGUGGUCAGGUUACAAGACGUCCAUGCCUAGCAAUCAUGAACUGGAUAAGUGCAUUACCCAUCAAAGUUGGAAUAAAUCUGAGAAGGGUAAAUCAA